AUGACAUUAAGCGCUUUCGACCAAUUCCUGUCCCCUACUUUGCUCGGUAUUCCCUUAAUUGCUCUUGCCCUCAUUUUACCCUGACCCCUUUACCCGACACCUCAGCCCGCACCUCUUCACCGCUGACUAGCCAACCGACUCUUAUCAUUUCAGAACUGAUUCAUUAACUGAAUAAUUAGUCAAGUUAUUUUCCCCUUAAACCCAGGGGGUCAUAAAUGAGCAGCCCUUCUUAUAUCACUUAUGAUUUUUAUUAUUACCCUAAAUAUACUUGGCUUACUUCCCUACACCUUUACCCCUACAACACAACUCUCCCUUAGCCUAGGCCUCGCAUUCCCCUUAUGAUUAGCCACCGUGAUUCUUGGUAUACGAAAUCAACCAACAGAAGCUUUGGCCCACCUUCUUCCAAAAGGUACCCCUACACUCCUUAUUCCCGUACUUAUCGUGAUCGAAACAAUUAGUGUCUUUAUUCGACCUCUUUCCUUAGGAGUGCGACUUACCGCGAAUCUCACAGCCGGGCACCUCCUUAUUCAGUUAAUUUCCUCAGCCGUAUUAGUAAUGCUACUUCAAGCAUCUCCUAUUGCUAUCCCUACAAUGGUUAUCCUCUUCUUCCUUACGCUGCUAGAAACAGCCGUUGCUGUUAUUCAGGCGUAUGUCUUUGUUCUGCUUUUAAGCCUAUAUUUACAAGAGAACAUUUAA